AAGAGGCCCAAGGUUCCUAGUGAGCAGCGGCAAAGGGCCAGCGUGGCGUGCUCCAGCUGUCGCCGGCUCAAGGAGAAAUGCGAUGGCCGUGUUCCGUGUGAGCGAUGCCUCAAGUACGGGCGACACUGCCAAAGUGCAUCCUCCUCCGAAGCACGCUCGCAAGCCACUGCCACUGCGCACUCCAAGGACGCCGAAGGCGCGUCGCAGGAACGCACCAGGCAUCUGGAGUAUAUCGCCCGUCACUUUCUGGGCGACAUUUCACUCUCCGACGAACGCUUGCGAAGGAUCGUGUCCAACCUGCAGGCCGAGCAGACCGCUGCAGUCUCUCACAAGCGUGCCGACGACGACAGUGCGCCGGCGCCGGCGCUGGAUGGCGAGAACUUCACCGUCAUGAGUGUUGACUCCAACACCGCCCACUAUUCGGGAGAGUUCUCGCACUGGACCUUUUCCCAACGCCUGAAACAACAGGUUGAUAAGCGCCUGCGAGAGGCCAGUCUGGAUGUCCGAAUGAGCGCUCCCGUCGAAUACUGGCGCGCUCACCACCUCAGGUCAAAGAACUCCAGCAUGAGAAAUAUCCUGCAGAGUCUGCCGCCCAACGACGUCGCCAUUUUUCUCGCCCGCAUCUAUUUCCAGUAUGCCCAGACGAACACGUUUUUCGUCGAAGAAGCUUGGGUCCUCCAGAGGCUGGAGGCCUUGUAUAUCCCACGAGCUGUGCUCUCUGCCGACGACUCGACUUGGAUCUGUAGCACUUUGAUGGUUCUGGCCGUGGGCAGCCAGUUUGCUCACAUGCAGGAUGCACCAACGACUAGCGUCAAUGCUGCCAGCUUUGAGUCGGCUGCAGACGCCGUAGGCAUUUCCUUCUACCAGAUGGCUGCAGAGCUCAUACCUGACAUCAUUGCCGAGGCGUCGGUCAACAGCGUCCAGGCUUUUCUGCUACUCGCACACUACACCCUGCCACUGGACACUUAUGGACUGGCCUACACCUACUUGGGCCUUGCCCUGAAAAUGGCCAUCCAGAAUGGCAUGCAUCGGAAGUAUACUGGAAAUGAUUUAGAUGUGAUGACUGUAGAAUUUCGCAAUAGGCUCUGGUGGACAACCUAUAGGCUUGAGAAGCGGAUUGGAAUCCUGCAUGGUCGGCCUACAUCCAUCUCCUCGAGCGAGAUUGACGCAGAGUAUCCCUCCGACCGAUCUGUCAGCCUGACCGCAGAAGCUUCAUCUAAUAGGAUCCUAGAAAAUGCUUCCACAAAGCUGACAGAUUGGCUCGGCGACAUCGCAUUCGUGAUACACAUGAUCCGAAGGAGUCCAAAUCGGCUGCGCCGCGCUUAUCUAGAACGUCUGCUACAAGUCCGUCAGCAAUAUUUGGGCUGGUGGGCCAACCAAUCUGCUUCGGUGGCAGGACCCACUCGUUCUGUCGCUCACUUGACCUUGUGUCAUCAUCUCAAUCUGGUAUUUCUGGGCCGCCCUUUCAUGUUCAAUGAGAAACGCACGACUACUAAAUCCGCGUUGACAAGCAAGCAAGCUUCAGAGGAAAAAUUCGCAUCCCAGCUAGAGGGUUUAGCAAAAGAUGCUGUGGAGUCUGCAGACCAAAUCGUGGCCGUCUGUCAAGCACUCGAUACGAGCGUUGGUCUCGCUCGAGCAAGCUAUAUCGAGUUCAGCUCAUGUCGCGCUGCGGUACUGGUUCUACUGGCUGCAUGUCUGAAUGAGUCGUCAAAGGAGCUCCGAGAGUCUCUUGCUCGAGGCAUGGGUUGCAUCAAAGCAAUGUCGACCGCCAACCUGUCGACACGGUCGGAAGCGUCCAUUCUAGCGGCAAUCGAAGCCGCCAUAUCGCGCCUUGACAAU